GUAUUUCCAGUAGUAUUAUCAUGUAGCAAACAUCAGAAAUCAAAUUACAUUUUUAGUUUUCAGUAGUAGUUAGAAUAUUCAUGUAAUUUUGUAUUGGUAAAUUUUCUAAUAAAGGCCAGGAAGAUGAGCAACAUGUGCGGUCAUUUCUUGAAACCAUUAGGUAGAAGCUAUUACAUUCGUGACUUGGUUGCCUACACAGAAGAUGAUAUUUCGAUUAAAAAACUGCACUUUUCUUCGGUGCCUCUGCAGCUAACGAAGGACAUUUUAAUGACAUAUUUUAGUAAAUUCGGUCGAGUGUCAGGUAUUCAGGUGGUCAGGGAGUCGAUGAACCCAGUGCCCUGUGUGGCUGGCGAGGUGUUGUUUGCCAACCCCAAGGAUGCAGCAAAAGCCUUGGAAAUUCCUACACACUCUUUAGACGGCAACCAGUUCCAGGUGAAGCCCAGCUAUAGUUGGCUUCAGCCGGAUGCCUACGGCAAGAAGCAGGAGCAACCACAGGAGGCCACCAUUUUGAAGCUAAACAACGACUGCUGGCUGGAUAUCCUGCCGUUCCUAAAGCUGCGCGAUAGGCUGCGAUUCGCCCGGACCUGCCAGCGCUUCCGGGCUAUCUACCAAAUGGCCACCGCCCGGCUGUACUCCUCCGUGAAUACUCGCCAGUUCUUCAGAAUGAAUCAAUGGGACAUUGCAGACAUUUGUCAUUUGUGCAGCGGGGAUAUCCAGGACCUUUACAAACUGACCCUGUGGGAUAUACGGGUCUUUUACGAAUUAUCUGGCGGGCAGAUAAAGGACCUGGAGUGCAUGUUGCCCAUGAUGGACUCUGACGAGCGGUUCCGCUUCAUUCCAGUCUACUGCCGCAAUCUGAUCUCCCUUUAUUUGGGGCGCAAAGUCCUGUCCAAGGACACCAUGCUUAGCAUGCCCACCACCAUUGAGAAGUUGGACUUGGGAAAGUGCUUCCGUGUGCAGAACUUACCAAUGAUCAUCAAGCACUUUACCGAGCUGCGAAAGCUUAAUCUGGGGGAUGUCACGGAUAAGAUGUGCCAAACGAUGGUCAAAAAGAACUGUUGUCCCAAGCUGGAAAUGCUCAGGCUAUCGCCAUGCGAGUACAGCAAUUGCGAGGUCCUGGCACAACUGCCCAGCCUCAAGAGCCUCACCAUACACUCGAAGAACGGCACAAGUACCACCGGAGCAAGGCUCACCGAGAAACUGGUGGAGCACAAGGCAGAGCUCCUUGAGUAUCUAGAGUUUGAUUGUGCCAAUCCGCUGCCCAGGGAGCAGUUGUCCCAAAUUUCCAAGCUAAUCGGCCUUCGCACACUGAUCCUGCCCAUCUGGUAUGGCGUGAAAGAGCCUGUGCUGAGGGAGUUUUCCAAUCUCAAGAAGUUGGAGCAAAUCUGCUUCAACUACAAGGGCAAUAGCGAUGCUGCCAUCCUGGACCUGUUCAUAUCCUGUCCCAGGCUCAGCCACCUGAGUAUCUUUGGCUACGGGCAGCCCACCAAAGAGGUGAUCCAGUGCAUUGCUGACCAGGUGCGCCGAGAGCAGGCCAACAAAAGCAUGCGGCGCAAGUUACCCAUUGAAAUAGGUCUGCCUUUUGAUCUCUCGAAGCCAGAGGAGAUUCAUGGGUCCGAGGACAUCAUAAAACCUCAGUUUAACUACUGGUGCAGCCUCUCAAAUUUCCGUCCAGAGCGAUGGUCGUAAACAAUUAAAUUUCCCUUUAAUUACAGUUAUUGUUUUAUCGUUUUUGUUAA